AUGCCUGCUCCACAAGUCUGGCUCAUUACGGGUACCUCUUCUGGUUUUGGAGCCGCACUUGUUCAGAAUUUGCUCGUACGUGGUGACAAGGUAAUUGCGACUGCACGUAGCCUCUCCAAGAUCGAACAUUUCGAAACGCUAUGCGCAGCCACUCUGCAGCUUGAUGUGACUGCAUCAACCGCUGAGCUUGAGAAUAUUGCCAAAGAGGCUAUUGCGAUCUACGGAAGGAUUGAUGUACCAGUCAACAAUGCCGGUUACUCGCUUUUUGGAUUCUGGUCGAACUAUCGCCAAUGGCUUCGGAGGCCUCAAGACUACGAGGAAGACUUUCAUCGGAUGUAUGACAUGAGCGAUUUCGAGGUUGAUGAUAAUGGAGAGUAUCGUGGGAUUCAUCGUCUCGCUGCAGCACGACUUGCCAGACCUGAAAAAGAACGCGGGUUGAUCGAAGAAGCCGAAACCAUUUGGGAGGGAAAAGUAGCUAAGCAGUGUGAGAAGAAAGAAAAAAAUUUGGCAGCCUUGGUCAAACUCUUCAGACAUAUGCCACAGCUGAAAGCUAUCGAGAUCAGGGAAUGGAGUUGCAACCUGAGUGAAUAUGGGUUCGAGGGCCGUGUGGACCAUGAAGUAUGCGAACAAUUUGCUAGUUGCAGCACAACCUGGAAACAUCUCAAACUGCUGAGUUCCGCAAUCAAGGUGUCAAAGAGUAAUGUCAAGAGUCUGUUUCUCCCCAAGAUCGACCUUUCUUCCAUCACGACGACUGUCGCCAUCGACGAUUUGUUCAGUUCUCUCACUGCGCUUUCGUUCAAUACUGAAACAACCGAUCCGGAUUUAGUUGAGGCUUCAAACACUAAUGUAUCACUCUUUGCUACGUUGAUACGUCGUGCGUCGCAUACGCUCCAAUUCCUAGAGUUUCGCAACUGCACUACUUCGCAUCCGCACCUACCACCCGGGGGAAACUAUGUUCUCAAGAAGCUAUUCAAUGUAUCGAACGACGCGGAUUCGACAGACAUCACGCCACUCAUAUUCCCAGAGUUAAAGACGCUGAAGCUUCGAAGCCUUUACCUAGACACGCCGACUCUGAUCGCAUUUGUUUCUCGACAACCGCAACUGCAGUAUGCGCAUUUCGAUUACAUCUACCUCACGCCCGUAGGAUACAAAUGGUGCGACGUUGCUGAGCGGCUGCCUUUAUCGUGCAGCAAGCUUUACAUUAGUAGGUCUGGGCACGACAAGUUUGACCCUGAUACGCCCACAGUAAAUGGUCAUAUGAGGGCUUUCCUGCCUUACAAGGAGGGCUUUCCAGCAAAUUCGGACUGGCAAGUGAACGAGGCUUUCGUAGAGAGAAAAAUGGAUGACGAUGAAGACGCGCGUAAGGAUUGUGGGUGGCAUAUGGCGCCAGGGCCGCCGGGAGCACAGUCGGGAGCACGGGGUUUGUAUGGUAACAGAACGAGGGAGGAGUUCAGGGCUACGUACAGACUGGCUUAUGAUUGUGCGGAGUUCCGGAGAAUAUGA